UCCGCCCAUCCGACUAUCAACCUAAACAGAUACCGCUAGCUAAUUUAGCUCAAUGCAGCUGCCAGAAAAAUGCCGCUUCCUACUUUAACGUUGCGUAUUUGAAACAUUUCUCAAGAAGUUGCUUAAGAGUCAGCGAAAACGAAACGUACACCCGGGAUGUGCUCAGUUGCUGGAUGUAAUUCGUCGCGUCGCAGUGCGCAGCGAUUUAAAUUACCAGAAGAUCCAGAGGAGAGACUGGAAUGGGUCAUGUUUAUAGCUAAAGUCAACAAGCAGUGUUUUAAGGAGUCAUCAUGGACUGAUAUCUCUGUUUGUAGCGAACACUUUCCAGACGACUGUCUUGUUAAUGUGAAUGACAGAGUCCAGCUGAAGCCCGGAGCUGUUCCGUCAGUGUGUUUAAAUAUGGGAGCUGAGGAGAGCUCUGAGUGGGAGGCUGCAACCGAAGAUGCAACCUCCAGCAUCAUAUCAGAGGUUCCCGAGUUUGACGCUGUUCUUGAUGAGGAGAGUGACCCUAAAGAUGAAUCAGUGGAAUCAAGUGACUCUGGUGAAAUAGAUUCAGACGAGGACUGGAAGCCAGCGCGGGGUGUUUUCCCCGUCAAAUUAUUUCCUGCGAAACAAAGCAAUGAUUCUGUAGACCAUAUUGAUUACUGCGAUUAUCUUUCACUCACUCCCAUACACAGCCAACUCUGCACAGACUGCGGAAGGUUCUUUGAUAGACGAAAACCUCAUACCUGUGAGCACAAAGUGAAGCCUUAUUCCUGUUACAUUUGUGGGAAAAGAUGUGUCAAUGAGGUGGCUUUGAAUUUUCACAGCAGAAUUCAUAAUGAGGACUAUGAGUUUAAUUGCAAAUUCUGCAAUGUUACGUUUAAGUUGAAGGCAGACAAAUUUGCACAUGAGCAGAUCCAUAUAACCCAAGGGAAACCGUACAAAUGUCCAGACUGUUUGGAGACCUUUGCCACAAACAAGGAGCGCAGAAUCCACCUGGAAAAUCACAGAGGGACAAUAGAGUUGAAAUGUCGCUUCUGUGGGGUUGAGUUCUUCCGUGCUCUUUCCAUUCAGAGACAUUUAUUGAUCCACACUGGCGCAAAACCAUACAAGUGUUCAGUUUGCCAGCGUGGCUUCAACCAGUCAAGUCAUUUGAAGUCUCACAUGCGCCUGCACACUGGGGAGAGGCCUUACAAGUGUCAGCACUGUGACAAGUGCUUUAAUCACAACGUGAGCUUGAAGAACCACAUCCAACGUUAUCACCCUGUACAUUCUGGACCAGAAGCAAAGACAGAUACAAAAAUCAACCAGAAAAGAGACGCUAGCAGUUCUAAAUCUAACAUGUUCAGAAAAAAUAUAAACCAGGAUCUUGACAGUGAUGAAGAGGAACAGGACACAGAUUGUGAUGCACAGAUCACUGACGAUGAGACCCAAAUGGAAGAGUUUUACAGACCUAAAAUUAGAAGAAGGGGCACAGGUAGACCAAUAGGGCGACCUAAAAACUUUGAAUCAAAUGCUGUGAAAACUGGAAGGUUAAAUGGGAAGAGGCAGAAAUAAAAAUGUACCUAUGAAGAGAAUAAGGGACCUGGCUUCAAUCCUUCACAAGAAAAAAGAUGAAAUAUUGAUAAUGAAAAUUUGCAACAUGUCCUUAGAAAGUUUAUUUUUAUAUUAUAUAAAUGAAAAAACUGCUUAGUAUUGCCUUUAAAUGUGAAGAAAAGGAUUAUUUCAGAAUACUUCAUUAUUGACUUAUGUAGUGAAUGAAAUGUUCAAACUGUAAAAUACGUAAUAAACAUUUAUGCAAAUUGUGGUUGACAGUAUAUUAAUCAAAGCUAAUAUUAAAUUCUUAAUUUUUCAGUAGCAAAUUUUGAAUACAUGAUACCUCAUAAUAUUCUGCGUUAUGAUUGUUGAGGGCCAUGUAGAAUUAAAAAAUAAAAAGUUGUCUAUCUGCAGGUAGCUGCCUUGAAGCACAUUUAAAAUUCUUGCAGCAGGAAGGUUUAGAAAAAUAUUUAAUAGUUUCAUCCAUAAAAAAUCCAUGAGAGCAAAAAUUAUUAUUGUUUAUUUGUAUAAAAGAUACAAAUUUUAACUAAGACCAAGUUCUAGCUAAAGCAAGGUAAUCCCAGAGUAUGAUGCUUCCACCACCGUAUUUUAUUGUGUGAUGUUUUUUCAGUGAUAUUUAGGUUUCUUUUGUGCCAAGAGCACAACUUGUAAAACUGUAUGUUGUUUGUCAUCAAGCCAUACCAGAUUCUCCCAAAAGAUGUUGCCAUUUUCAGUGUUUUAUUUGGAACAAAAUCUCUAAUCCUUAGUCUAGAAAUAUGGAGUAAAUAUAGAAUACUGUCAUAAAAUAAAGAUAAGACAAUCAGUACGCACUAUGAGUUCGAAGUCAUUCAGAAUUGCUGUCGGCAUUUUGACAACCUGCAU